AUGUUUCAGCGACCUUGUCGAGUUCAUCCGUUGACGGAGAGUCAGGUGUGUGAUCUCAACACCCCCCCAAACCCCAGCAGCAGCACAGAGGAACAACAUCCUCAUGAGAGCACUGCUGAUGCUGCUGAGGGAAACGACCAGGAGAGGAAAGUGAUGGAGAAAGGGAAGAAGAAAAAGAAGUGGUGGAGGUUGUCUUCUUUGUUUGGAGCUGUGAAGAAACAUCUGAAGCGCAGCUCGAACCCAGUUCAGGGUGAAGUAGAGCUGCAGCAAGAGCAAGAGCAGAGUGAGGGAGUGAAGAACCAGAACCAGUGUAAAGACAGAUGCAGUGAUGACUACACUGUCAGACACAACCUCGUGAGUGAUCAGCUGUGUGAAGGUGGAUUUGACGCUGAGGCGACACAUUUGAAGGAUGACCCUGAACUUGGAUGUCCACACCGUCUUCCAGAGGAGAAGGAUCUCAACAUCCUGGCAAAUAGAGGCCCAGAUAGCCACGGAUGUGAUCUCAGCACCCCCCCAAACCCCAGCAGCAGCACAGAGGAACAACAUCCUCAUGAGAGCACUGCUGAUGCUGCUGAGGGAAACGACCAGGAGGGGAAGGUGAUGGAGAAAGAGAAGAAGAAAAAGAAGUGGUGGAGGGUGGCCUCUUUCUACGGAGCUGUGAAGAAACAUCUGAAGCGCAGCUCGAACCCAGUUCAGGGUGAAGAAGAGCUGAAGCAAGAGCAAGAGCAGCAGAGAGAGAAAGUGAAGAACCAGAAAGAACAGAAAGCCAGAUGCAGUGAUGUGCAGUUGUUUUAUCUUGUAACAGACUUCAUUUCCAGCCACUACCAGCUGGGUGAUCUGCUGGGUGAAGGUGGAUUUGGUUCUGUGUAUGAGGCGAGACGUUUGGAGGAUGACCUUAAAGUGGCGGUCAAAUAUGUUAAUAAGACCGAAACCUACAGGCCAAGUUUAUACAUUCCUGGAUAUCAGCAACUCGUUCCACUGGAGAUCGCCCUCACAAUCCUGGCUAAUAAAGGCCCCAGAGUGCCAGAGAUCAUCCAGCUGCUGGACUGGAAGGACUACAGUGACCAUUUCGUCAUGAUCCUUGAAUGUCCCUCUCCUUGCGAGACUUUGGAAGACUUUGUGGGGCGUCAGGGUGGACGUCUCAACGAGAGCUUAGCACGGCGAGUCAUGAUGCAGGUGACUAAAGCUGCGAACGUGUGCUGCCAGCGCCAAGUGUUCCACCGUGACAUCAAACCGAGCAACCUUCUCAUCAACAACCAGACACUUGAAGUCAAACUAAUUGACUUUGGGUGUGGGGACAUUCUGAGGACAACUGUCUACAUGUCAUACUCUGGCACAGCAACAUACGUCCCUCCUGAGUUUCACAUAAAGGGAAAGUACCACGGCAAGCCUGCGACGGUUUGGUCACUGGGGGUUCUGUUAUUUAAAAUAGUGGCCGGAUAUUAUCCAAGUUUCUUAGAUCUGCACAUGCUCAAACUGCAUUUCUGGUCCAAAACUGGUCUGUCAAACGAAUGCUGCAGAUUGCUCCGCGCUCUCCUGCAAAUAAAGCCAAAGAACCGAAUUCAGCUGGAGGAAAUCCUUUCCCACAAGUGGUUUACGGCCACCACAUAAGACCACCUCAGAAGUUGUUGUAUCUUCAGCUCUCCAAUGGUUCCUGCAAUAGUUGCAGCAGUAUCAGAGGCCCAGUCUACCACCACGUCUGUCCCCUGCAGUCCAAAACAUCCCAGAAAAGCUGUUUUAAACUAGAAUAUAUAUUAAGUUAAAGUGUUAUUGUCGCGUUAACGCUUUAGGAGUAGUGGGAUGUUGAUCAGUACUGGCUUGGGAUGGGUGUCAUCACGUGUCUCAACCAAU